UUCAGUUUCGAAAAAUUUUUCGAUGGAAGCGGUUCUGUCAGCGGAAAAGUGAAUUAUAGCAGAGCCUGUAAAACUCAAGAAAAUCCCCUCAAAGAAAUAGCAGCUCUCAGCUAAAUAAUAACAAACACAAUACUUUCUGCCCAGUCACCGCAAACUGAAAUAAUCACUUUUCUGCAAAACGCCGUCAUCAAAAACGAUUUUGGCUACAACUCUAGAAACGCGGAAAAAUUUUGUCAAAAAUACAACUAAAAAAAAACAACAACGCGAGUGCACGUGUAUGUGAGGUGCUCAGCAAGAGUGUGUGUGUGUGUGUUCGUUUCUGUGUGUGACAGAUAAUAAAAGGAGAAAAAGAAGAAGUUGUCGAAAGUCGUGCAUGAAAAUUCAAGAAAAAUAGUGCAAGCGCUGCAGGGAAAUUGUCCGGAAAAAUCGCAAAAUCCAUUGUUUUUAGCCGGCAUCUUAAUGACGUCACGUCGUGCCGCAAAAAACAACGAUAACAACUUCUGCAACAACGCGCGUGUUUAGUUUACACACACACCACCACAGCGCGUCAAGAAAAAAGGUUAAAAAUACAUUUUCAAUUCACCAUCGGCGUAAAAGUAAAACAAUAAGCAAAUACAAGAAAAUAAAACAGCAGCCGCUUUUUCACCCAACAGCAACCAUUUCAACAACUUCAACUUUGCCAGCAGCAACAACAACAAGUCAGCUGGACAACCGAAGAUAAUGUAAACUCAGCUUACACACAAAAAAAAGCAGUAUAAUAUAAAAUACAAAAAUUAACAGCUGCGUUUAUCUAUAGAUAUAUACCACACACUCACAUCUAUAUAUUUGAAUAAGCGUUCGAUUUGAAUCAAAAUUAUAGCCCAAGCUAUCAGCUAUCCCCACAAGCUUUGUACUCCACAAAAACGCUAACGAACAAAAUCGAUAAAGACCAGAAAGCAACUGAAUACCAACUCAUACCAUCUGCCAUAGAUCUAUGCUAUAUACAUAUAUAGGUGCUGAUCUGUGCUCUUGAAUUUAGUGUUUUCUGUGUGUGCGUGUCGCGAGAGGAGCACUCAAAUAAAGCACCAAUAAAAACGUAUAGUAAAACAAUAAAAAGCAAACAACUUUCUCUAGUCGCUAGGCUAUAACUAUACAAACUCCAAACUCCAGCUAUCCCAGAUCCAGAUCCGUAAACAGCAUAUAGUUAUAUAUCUAUAACCCCAAAACACGAUGGCCAACGUUGUCAAUAUGAACAGCCUGCUCAACGGCAAGGACUCGCGCUGGCUGCAAUUGGAGGUCUGUCGCGAGUUCCAGCGCAACAAAUGCUCGCGCCAGGACACCGAGUGCAAGUUCGCCCAUCCCCCGGCCAACGUGGAAGUCCAGAACGGCAAGGUCACCGCCUGCUACGACAGCAUCAAGGGCCGCUGUAAUCGUGAUAAACCGCCGUGCAAAUACUUUCAUCCACCACAGCAUCUGAAGGAUCAGUUAUUGAUAAAUGGACGCAAUCAUUUGGCCCUCAAGAAUGCACUGAUGCAACAGAUGGGCAUCGCGCCCGGUCAGCCGGUCAUAUCCGGCCAAGUGCCAGCCGUGGCAACAAACCCCUAUCUGACCGGCAUUCCGGCCAACACGUACAGUCCGUACUACACAACGGGACACCUGGUGCCCACCUUGCUGGGUCCGGAUCCCGUGACCUCCCAACUGGGACCCGUGGUGCCCCAAACAGUGCAGGUGGCCCAGCAGAAAAUACCACGUUCCGACAGAUUAGAGGUGUGCCGCGAAUUCCUGCGCGGCGCCUGCAAACGGGCGGAAUCCGAGUGCCGGUUCGCCCAUCCGCAGGAGAGCGUCGCCAGGCACGACGACGGCUCGAUAACGGUUUGCAUGGACGCCGUGAAGGGCAGGUGCGCACGCGACCCCUGCCGCUACUUCCAUCCCCCCCUGCACCUACAGGCACAAUUAAAAGCGGCCCAAACACGCGCCACCGCUGUCGCUGCUGCAGCUGCGACCUCACCUCUUGCGGCACACCAUCACCAGCAACAACAACAAUUGCAACACCAGCUGAACAACAUCAACAACAACAACAACCACAGCACCGCUGGCGCAGCAGCCACCUCGACAACAGCAACAACAACCACAAACAACGCCGCCGCCGCUGCUGCCGCCGCCGCCGCCGCUGCCGCCGUCAUGGGCCAUCACACACUGGAGUUGGGCAAGAAGCGGGCGGCGGACACGACCGACAUGUUUCCACUGAUGGAUGUUAAAACGGUUGGUUCAUUUUACUAUGAAAACUUCCAAUUCUCUGGCAUGGUACCGUUCAAACGUCCAGCUGCCGAAAAGUCUGGCAUUCCAGUUUAUCAGCCCGGUGCGACCGCCUAUCAGCAGCUAAUGCAGCCCUACGUGCCAGUCUCAUGUGAGUAUCCCCAACAACAACAACAACCACAACAACAACAACAACAUCAACAACAACAACAACAACAAAAUGUACUACUACAACAACAACAACAACAACUACAAUUAAGUAGCGUCAUAACAACAACAAGUACAACAGCAACAGCCAGUAACAAUAUGAUUAAUAAUAUUAAUAAUAAAAGUAUCAUAAACGCUGUAAUUGCUACUACCAAUAUACCAUCAUCAGCAAUAGCAGCAACAACAGCAUCAUUAUCAUCACUAUCAGCGUUGGCCACACCAACAACAACAACAACAUCAACAACAACAACAACAGCCAUUACUAAUCCUAACGACAGUGAUAACGAUUCCGAUCGCAAUCAAGACCAAGACAAAAGUCACGAUAGUGCUGCUGCUGAUGGUGAAGCUGAUAAUGCCGAUCGCAACGAUGCCAUUGAUCAAGCCAUCAAUCAAGACAAUAGUGACCAAGUGAAUCCGAAUCCGAAUCUGAAUCUGAAUCCGCAUCAGAAUCAGCAUCCGAACCAAAUUUCAAGUCCCGCUCAAGAUUGUAAUACAACACGAACAAUCUCACCAAACCCCCCAGACACAGCAGCAACAGCUGCCACUGCAACAGAAACAGACACACUAGAUACAGACUCUGCAGCAGCAGCAGCAGCAGCAUCUGCCACGCCCCCCAGUGGCGACACACCGCCCCCUUGCCCCCGCUCGCCCCAAGGCGACAGUCUUCUACCCCUGCCCAACGGCCUGGGCGAUAAUAACAAUUACUUGUCCUAUAUCAACAACAAUCUGAACAAUGGCCAGCUCAAGGCGGCUAAUCCCGAAGAAUUGAACGGCGGCGACUUAGAGAGUAGCAGCAAUAGCGCAGCAGCAGCAGCAGCUUCCGCAUCACGCAACUAUGCCAAGCAAAAUGGCGAGGGUUAUUCGAGGUAUACGGCCAAUGGUCACAGCACCGGCAUCCUGCCAACACCCACCACUUCUGCUCCGGCAGUCUCCUACCAGGUCCAGGCCCAGGCCCAGGCUCAAGCUCAGGUUCAGGCCCAGGCGCAGGCGCAGGCCCAAGCUCAGGCUCAGGCUCAGGCUCAGCAGCGCAUCAACUAUGCCAUGUCCGCCUACAACUACGGCAAUCUGUACUCCCACUACGCAGCAGCCACCUCUGCCAUGGUGAGUCUGCCCAGCAGCACCCCCUCCUACGCCCAGGCUCAAAUGCAGCAGCAGCAGCAGCACCAGCAGCAACAGGCCCAGGUUCAGGCCCAAGCUCAGGCCCAGGCGCAAGCCCAGGCUGCCUAUGCCCAGCAGGCCUACGCCGCCUAUGCUGCAGUGGCCGGUUUGGCACCUCAGGCCACCGCUGCCAGUGGCUACUACACCGAUCCGGCUGCCCUGGCCAAGGAGGUGGCCCAGAAGAACUACGCCAUGAAGGUGGCCAGUGCGGGCUCCAAGCCGGGUGUCUCCUCGGCGGCCGCCGCCUACACCGGCUUGACCCUCAACAAGAGCUAUGUGGCCGCAGCAGCUGGUGCGCAGCCGGUUCAGGCCGCCCAGCCUCAGGCCGUUUCCAUGGCCACAUUACUGCAAAUGCAGGCGCAGGCACAGGCCCAGGCGCAGGCACAAGUUCAGGCUCAGGCCCAGGCUCAAGCCCAGGCUCAGGCCCAAAUGCGCCAGUUGGGAUCCCUGCCCAGUUCAGGACUAACGACUCCUGUGCCCGGCACCCCAGUGCGUGCAGCUCCAGGCGGAGCAGUGGGUGCUAGUCAGUAUCAAUCGGCUGCUUUGCUGAGAGCACCCUCACCCAUGCCAUAUGCGCAGGCACAGAGCUACUUCUAUCCCGGAAUGAUGCCCACCGCAGCCUAUGCCAUGCCCCAAACUCAGGCUGCUGCUGCGCAGCAAUAUGCAGCUGCAGCAGCAGCGGCCGCAGCCGCUCAGGCGGGAACUCCAGGCAGUGCCAUGGUCCUAAAUCCGUACAAAAAGAUGAAGACCUCCUAAGAGCCAGGGCGAUAACAAACUGAAAGUCCAAACACAACUGUACUUAAUGCACCAAGCCAUCUGGCCGAUGGAAAAGUCACACCAUUUUAGAUAUAUAGAUAUAAACACAUCGAAGACGUAAGAAUAUGUGCCUCAGUUUUCUUCGAAAGGACAUGUAGAGAGACGCGUUUAGAUCUUAGUUGUACCAUAGGCCUCAUAGCGUUAGAAAACCGAACCAUGACACGACAACUAAAAUCAGACAGAAAGCGAAACAGAUCGAAGAUCAUAGCUUACUAACACGAAUGCCCAAAACUUGCUGACGAGAAAUCGAUAAUUUGCCAUUAAGUUAUUUGACAAACGAAACAUAACCUCACUGUGACUCAAAAGUGUUGCCAUUUUCGCUAAUGAAUCGAAAAACCGAGCUUUUAAAGCACAAGCGAACGGAAGAGAAACAGAUGUUAGAUUAUAGUAAUACUUAAGUUCCUUUUCGGAUAGCUCUUAGUCAACUCUAGUUUAUAGGAAGCGGUCACACAAAACGGUUAGAAAAAACUUAAAACAGGGGCGAGCCAGAGAGAGAAACGAAGAACUGUGAUAGCGAAAAAGCUUUGAGGGAUCAAAAACAUAAAGCCAGGAAGGAAUUAAACAAAGGAAAAACCUCUAAUGCUGCUGCCGAUGCUGGGUACAGUUGUGUAUGCUUGUUGCUAGCUGCGGGUGCUUGAUCCCAUAUCGCCGUCCCUGUCUCCCACAUGCGGUAAUUCGAAUAGCUGUCCUGCUCUCGCCCCCGCCCAUCAUUCAUUUUUCGCGCUCUCUCUCUAUCUAACUCCCUAUCGCUGUUUCCUAAUGUUUCCUAACUAGCUAGAUAGCUAGCGUGAAUGCUGUUGUAAUUGUUUAAAAUUGUUGAGCAACGAUUAUUGCGUAACGAAUAUUGUCUAGUUUAUAUAGAAUACUUAUACGAUAUACAAAUACAUAUAAACCUAGCUGUACGUGCUGUAUGCUGCUACCCAUAUUCGAUACAAUAUAUACGCCCACACUAUGUACUCUAACACACGCUCAUCCCCCACUAGUACACAAAGAAAAAAAGGCAUUAAAAUGACCAGGAUCAAUCUGUAAAUCGUAUGUCUAGCUUACUAAUCAGAUAAUACAGUACAGUCACCACUCACGAUCACGUCUCUCUAUCUGUUUCACUCACACACCAAAUACCCAUACACUUUUCAGACUCUUAAGCCAGCAAAAUUAAUUUAUGUUAAUGUUAUGUUAUCGAGAUUUAAAUUUGAUGUGUUGACCAGAACUAUGUAAACCCUUUUGAUUUUCAACGACUAUAGCCACAUCCUGAUUUCAUUCUUCAUCUGUCUCUUAACAACUAUCACCCACUCUAUCGAUGUAUUAUAAAUGUUUUCCUUUUUGUAAUGAAAUUGUUAAGAAAAGAAUAAAAUCAUUGACAAACAGAACUAAGUUUUUAAUGUUAGAUCUCGUGUGAUUAUCAGUUUUUGCUUUACGUUCAUUUCUAUUUAAUUUUUAUGUUGAUAUUUAUGUACUUUUUGUACUUAUAAACCAGUUUUUAGUGUAGUUUUUAUAUAAUUUUAAACGUGUGUUCCCGAUUGAAAAAUAUUUGAGAAGAACCUCCAAAGCAACAAUACAAAUUUGCCACUGACUUGCGCACCUUAAGUUUUAGACUCCCCGCCUACACCCCGCACCCGCUAAAACUCCUCAUCCGAGAACAUCCUACACACAUUACUAUUGGAUAUAUACGAUAAUCUCUGUAAAAUUGUUUUAAAUUAAAGUACUUCUAAUGUCCUACAACGAUUUGAUGUUUGCCACUAAUUCUUAUCCUAAUUCUAAUCCUAAUUCUAGUUUAGUUUCGAUAGUUUUUAUUAAUGUUUUACUUAAAAUACAGUGUGUUUUUCUAAAUAUAUAGUUUACAAAAAAAAAAAACAAAUAUAUAUAAAUAUCAUAUUGAGUGUUGGUAUUUUACUUUAUUUUAUUUACUUAUUCGGUAUUCACUUGAUAUAUGUUUUCCGUUGUGCCGCUUUUACAUCUCACCUCUGACUUAAACGUACUCCUUUGAUAUAUAGACAUAUGAAAUACCGAUCCAUAAAAACACUAGCUUUGCCGAGCGCUUUUGGGCAGAGCAGCACUCUAUCCCUACAAAUCUCUUUAAACCCUAUACCUUUAAAACCCUACCCCCCUAGCUUGAAAAUUUUUAUUAUUUAAGAUUAAAAUUAAGACUGUUUCUUUCAUUCGCGCAUUCCACGCAAUCUUCUUCACACAGACACAUCCACAUUUUAGGACUGCCUGACUCCUUAACCUCGGUCUGCUUCCCCUAUUAUUGCUUUUACUCCAAAAUAAAAGAUCUUUCUCCCUCCGUAAAUCCAUUUAACCUAUAUAUGUUUUAGCUCUUAGAAUAAUGGCAAGCAAAAUGAGUACGCUAACGGUAGAGAACUAGUUGUAAAAUCUGAAUAUACCAUUUAUCUAAAUAUACCUAUCUGCCUAUGGCCAGCAAAUGCUUGGCUUACUCUAUAUAAUCAAUAAGAAAUAAGCUUACUAAACAUGGCAGCAGAAUACAAUAUCGAUUCGACGUAUACCUAUACAUAUAUAUAAUACUAAUACGUAUAGCAAGCUACACCAGAUUAAAGUAUACCUAUAUUCAUCAUAUAUCUCAAUGUCUUGCCUAAAAGUAUGGAAGCAUUAUCUUUAUGUGUCGUAUGGUUAAUUUUUUCGUUAACAACGUAGAACUGUUGCCGUUGGCCCAUAAUUUCAGCAAGAGAAAACUUAGCGAAAAUGUUCAGAAAACGCUCUCAAACUAACUAAGAACUAAAGCAAAACAAAAAAUCUAAAAGUAAAACAAAACACCACUCACCACUGCAUGGCGCCAAAAUCUAACUAACUUGCAUUUAAGUCCUAAGAGCUCAUAUUUUAUUCCGCUUUUUCAACCUUUGCAAUGCACCAGAAACACAGCAACAGACAAAAAACAGUAUGUUAACAUUACCGAGCAACAAUAUAGCAAUGAAUUGUCAGUUGACACUAGGAUAACAAUGAGUUAGGCUGAUUUUUAAUAUACAAAGGAAUAAAUGAAAUAUAACCACAUAGAAAACCACAGUCCAUUCCAAUAUAGUUAAUUGGGUUUUCAGGCCUUGUUCAAUAAAUAGAAGUACAGUACCGUCCAAUAGAAACUAUAGUUUAGUGGAAUCCACAUAGUUGCCUCCUUUUAAUUUGUAGCCAAACCACCCGAAGUCUCACACACAUUACACUGAGAGAAACCAAUUUAAAUUAGGAUUUCAUUUCGUGCUUACUAGCAUCGACGAUAAGUAAGCGAAACGUAUGGCAAAUCGAUUGCAUGUCAAAUAAGAGAGUUGGUAACAGUGCAAGAAUGUCGAAGCUAAAAUUAUUCAUAACAUCUAAAUAUAUAUGUCGAAAUAUAUAUCUAUACACACAUCUAUACACAAGCAAAGACACUACUGAAUAUGUUAUAUCUGUGCUAACAUUAGUCGUAUUAUUAUUAUAAAGACA